GCAGCCCAUCAUGGCGGCGGGAGCUUGUCUGCCCCGGCCCGCGGCUCCGCAGGGCUGCUGCCGUUGCUGCUGUUGAGAAGCGGCGGCGGUGGCGCAGGCGGCGCAGGCAGGCGGCGGGCGGGAAGGAUGGUGUUUCUGUGGCCGGAGCAGCGGGUGCGGACCAGGAUCCGGGCUGCGGUUUGGCUGAAGCGACGUGUGCUCGGGAGCAGCCGGCGCGGGUGUCGCUGAGGCAGCGGACGGACGGACAGACGGACGAGGCGAUCCGAGAACUGGUCCUGGGGCCGCGGCGGAGGCGAGAUGCUGGGGCCGCCCGCGCUGCUGCUGCUCCUGGCCGCCGGCGGUGCCCGAGCCGCGCCGCUUCCGCAGACAGGUGCAGGGGAGGCACCUGCUGCAGAAGUUUCCUCAUCUUUUGUGAUCCUAUCUGUGGGCAGUUUAAUGUUAUUAAUAGUGUUAAUUGCAAACUGUGUAUCCUGCUGUAAGGACCCAGAAAUAGAUUUUAAGGAAUUUGAAGAUAAUUUUGAUGAUGAGAUAGAUUUCACACCACCAGCCGAAGAUACUCCCUCUGUUCAAUCUCCAGCAGAAGUUUUCACACUUUCAGUGCCAAAUAUUUCACUACCAGCUCCAUCGCAGUUCCAGUCUUCUGUAGAAGGCUUGAAGUCUCAAGUUGCCCGCCACAGUCUAAACUAUAUACAGGAAAUUGGAAAUGGCUGGUUUGGAAAGGUCCUCCUUGGAGAGAUUUAUACGGGCACUAGUGUGGCGAGAGUGAUAGUGAAGGAGUUAAAAGCAAGUGCAAGCCCAAAGGAACAGGACACUUUUUUGAAAAAUGGAGAACCUUACUAUAUUCUUCAGCAUCCGAAUAUUCUCCAGUGCAUUGGACAGUGUGUAGAAGCAAUUCCCUAUCUUUUGGUGUUUGAGUUCUGUGACUUGGGCGACCUAAAAGCUUACCUGCGCAGUGAGCCCACGCGGGGGGAUUCGCAGACGAUGCUGCUGCAGCGGAUGGCGUGUGAGAUCACCGCAGGGCUGGCCGCCAUGCACAAGUUGCACUUCCUGCACAGUGAUUUAGCCCUGCGGAAUUGUUUUCUUACCUCGGAUUUAAAUGUGAAAGUGGGAGAUUAUGGAAUAGGGUUCAGCAGAUACAAGGAGGAUUAUAUUGAAACAGAUGAUAAAAAAAUUUUCCCUCUGCGGUGGACUGCUCCAGAAUUAGUAACCAGCUUUCAAGACAGACUACUAACUGCAGAUCAAACUAAGUAUAGUAAUAUCUGGUCCCUGGGUGUGACCCUUUGGGAGCUAUUUGAUAAUGCUGCUCAGCCUUAUUCCAACCUUUCCAAUUUAGAUGUUCUCAAUCAGGUCAUUCGAGAGAGAGACACAAAACUCCCAAAGCCUCAGCUGGAGCAGCCUUAUUCUGAUAGAUGGUAUGAAGUUUUACAGUUCUGCUGGCUGUCACCAGACAAGAGACCAGCGGCUGAAGACGUGCAUAGACUGCUCACCUACCUGCGGAUGCAAAGCCAGAGGGACUCGGAGGUCGACUUUGAACAACAGUGGAACGCUCUUAAACCCAAUGCCGAUAGCAGAGAUGCUUCGAACAAUGCUGCCUUCCCAAUCCUCGACCACUUUGCCAGGGAUCGGCUUGGUCGCGAGAUGGAGGAAGUCCUCACUGUGACUGAAACCAGCCAGGGCCUGAGCUUUGAGUAUGUCUGGGAGGCAGCCAAGCAUGACCAUUUCGACGAGCACAGUAGGGGCCACCCGGACGAUGCCUUGUCCUACACAAGCAUCUUCUUUCCAGUUGAAGUUUUUGAGAGUUCGCUUUCGGAUCCUGGGCCCGGGAAGCAAGAUGACAGUGGCCUGGAUGUCACCCGGAGGGCACCUGGGGUGGUUCCCGUUUUUGACGCCCACAACCUUUCUGUUGGAAGCGACUAUUACAUCCAGUUAGAAGAAAAAAGUGGUAGCAACUUGGAGCUUGCUUGCCCCCCUGCGCUGCUCACAACUGAAGUGGGUAAUCCAGAACGGAUAAGUGGGGAGGUGCCCCAGUGUCUGACACUCAGGAGCCUGGAAUUUGAGGAGUCCAGUGCAGACGAGGAUUUCUUCCCAGGCAGUGCAGACCCCAAAGACCCCAGCAUACCCGAGGACGCACAUGCCGCCAGGGGCCCUGAGAGCCCUUUCAAUGAUAUAUUUAGUGAUCUUGACAAAGCAGAGGAUUUGCCCUGUCAUCAAAAAAUAUUUGACUUAAUGGAACUGAAUGGUGUUCAAACUGAUUUUAAACCAGCCUCGUUAAGUUCAAGUUUAGGUGACCCCAAAGAGUCAGCAACAGUGUGCCACUUUGAGAGAGAAAAGCCCCAUAUGCUUUUUGACAGUGAGCCUCUUUGCAUAUCAGAAAACCUUAUACACCAAGAUAAUUUUAAUCCUCUGAAUGUCCAAGAAUUGACAGAAAACUUUUUAUUUCUUCAAGAGAGAAACCUACUAACAGAUUCAUUGUCUAGCAAAGAACAUAUAAGUGAUCUUCAAACAGAACUUAAAAAUGCUGGUUUUACUGAAACUGUAUUAGAAACUCCACGUAAAAACUUUUUAGACACUGAGCUUAAGAUUGCUGAAGAUAAACUAGACUUCCCUUUAUUGCAGGAAAGUAUAAGCGCAAAGGGUAAAGAUACGGGUGCUGUGCUCAAGGGUGACACUUUGAACAUCUCAUUGCCGUCUUCCCCAGAAGUGCAGGUACCUCCUACCUCACUCAAAACAGAAGGAACACCUUGCAACGUACCUCCAGAUAUGUUCCCAAAGCAGGGAGAAAUCAAAUGCACAUGUAUAGAUGUCAGUAUCCAUGAAGACUCUCUCUGCCAAGAAAUAAAUCCAGACUCUGUGACUAUCUCAGUUGAACCUCCCUUGACUGCUACCAAAAUGCAUAAGAUUAGUGAUGGGUCCAGUGACUUGACCCACCAAAGUGAGGAGGCCUUGAAACUAACCCAAACUGACUCAGUUGUUGUUGAUGACAUUUUUGCCAGUAAAGUGAGUAUAGGUAAUAGGCUUCCAGAAUUUAGGCAGAACUUAGGGAAUCAGCUGCUUUCAGAAGACCAUCAUAGUAACAGUCUGCUGGAGAAAAACCUGGAGGCCGUGGAGACUUUGAAUCAGUUGAGUUAUAAAGAUGCUUCAAAAGAGACAGGCUUGGCAUCCACCCUUUCCUCAGACUCUACCAGUCAAGACAGCCUUUUAGAAGACAGUUUGUCAACACCCAUUCCAAUUUCAGAGCAGUCUGUGGAGACCCCGGACUCUCUGGAUUCAGUGGACGCCCAUGAAGUCUUACUGGGCUCUUUAGGCUCCCGCACUCCUCAGAAGCUCCUGCCCCCUGAUAAACCCGCAGACAGUGGCUACGAAACAGAGAAUUUGGAGUCCCCUGAAUGGACUCUGCACCCUGCUCCUGAUGGCACCUCAGCCUCAGACGCGGCCACAGAGGGUGAUGGCGGGCACGACGGUUUGCUUCGCAACCCUGUCAUCGUCAUCUCAGAUGCAGCUGAUGGGCACAGAGGUGCAGAAGUGACCUCACAGACUUCUGCAUCUGGCUCCCAGAACUCAUACCGAGACUCUGCCUACUUCUCAGAUAAUGAUUCUGAGCCUGAUAAGAAGUCUGAGGGGGUCCCAGGGUCCUCAGCAUCAGCCUUGGUUCUGCUAACAGAUCAGCCCCUACCUGAGCCAGUCACCCCAGAACAAAGUUCUAGUGCCAUGGAGAGUUGCCUGGAAACCAAAAAUAGCCAGCUAGAUCAAAGUUGUCUGCCUGCUUCACAAAAUUCCAGUCACCUAGAAUCGGGGGAAAUGUCAGAACCAGCACCGCCUGACUUUUCCAAGCAGACGCAUCAUCCUGCAGGCAAGGCCAGUGGUCCCUUGAGUCUGUUGAACUCAGAGCUGAGCAGCGGUGAUGACUGUGAGGCACAAGAGGAGCAGUCCUGCAAGCUCGCCUCCACUGGAACCAACACCAACGAGCUCCUUGCCUUUGCAAACUCCACCCUCUGCCCUGGCAGCCCAUCCGAGGGCCCCAAGUUGAAGGAGCCAGAUAUCGAAGGCAAAUACCUGGGGAAACUCGGCAUGUCGGGGAUGCUCGACCCCUCCGAGGAUGGAAUUGAUGCGGAUGAGGAGGAUGAAAACAGUGAUGACUCUGAUGAGGACCUGCGGGCUUUCAACCUGCACAGCCUCAGCUCCGAGUCGGAGGAUGACACUGAGCACCCCGUCCCCGUGAUCCUCAGCAAUGAGGACGGCCGGCACUUACGGAGCCUAUUGAAACCCUCAGCUGCUGUCCCCAUUGAUCAGCUACCAGAUGACUGGAAAAAGGAAAAGAAGGCGGUAACGUUUUUUGACGAUGUCACAGUCUACUUGUUUGACCAGGAGACCCCCACCAAAGAGUUGGGGCACUGUGGAGGUGAAGCACGUGGCCCCGAAUUGAGCAGCCCAGCACCAUUGUCAGGUUCUCCAUACCUGAGCAGAUGCAUAAAUUCUGAAAGUUCAACUGAUGAAGAAGGUGGAGGCUUUGAGUGGGAUGAUGACUUCUCCCCAGACCCCUUUAUGUCAAAGACAACAAGUAACCUUCUUAGUUCCAAACCUUCUCUUCAAACGUCAAAAUACUUUUCUCCGCCACCGCCGCCCCGGAGUGCAGAGCAGAACUGGCCUCAUGCGUCGCCGUAUUCCAGAUUCUCCAUCUCUCCUGCCAACAUUGCCAGCUUUUCUCUCACACACCUAACCGACUCGGACAUCGAGCAAGGAGGAAGCAGCGAAGAUGGAGAAAAAGAUUAGGUAGAUGCUGACACCCUUUUGGGUUUUAGGCGGCCCCCGCCAGGGCGACAUUCCUGUGCUGCCAGCCGAGCAAUGACAUCUGCUCACAUCUGCUGAAAGGAGACUGGGAGAAAGACUUGGGAGGCAAAAGGGGAGCCGGGCUGGCUCCGUGCCUGCGGAAGCCUGGCGGGAGGCCACUCGCAGCUGUGCCUGCUCACCCACUGGGGUGCUCACGCUCAGUCAUCCUGCGGGAGCACAGCUCCUGCUCUGGUGUGUGGGGAACUGUAGGCUCUGGGUUGUUGCUGGUUUCUAUGACGGGUGUUCUCUGCGUCCUCACCUGUGCAUACCGUCUGCACAGGGGGCCCGGAGGACGCAUGAGCAGAAUGGGCACCGUGAGCCAUAUUUAUUUAUUUUUAAGAAAUCACUAAUUGCUUUCUGUAAUUGCACUGUGGAUAAAUGUUCUAAGAGUCCCUGAUAUUGUACAGAAUCUUAAAUUAUUCAAGGAAAAUAAGGCAGGUCAAGCUGGUGCUAUCCACUAGUUUGAUUUUUUUCUGUUUUACAGUUUGUUUGCUCUGCAUGGUACUUGUAAAGCUUAACUAUUUUGAAUGUUACGCUGUCUUUAGAUUGUUGAAAUUGUACAUAUGGUACUCUUUGGUAAAUGAUAAAUGAUUCUGAAUGUUAGUGUUUUAUGUUCUUAUAGAAAAUAUUUUUGAUGAGUCCAAAAAGACGGCUGCUAAUUGAAUGAAACACAUUGUUGUCUCUUCUCUGUAGCGCAGGUUCCUUGCAGCACAUGAGGCACCUCUGAGGAGCUGAAGGGUCUUGCAGACCCUCUGUGUGACUCUCCCACCCUGCCUCCCAGUUUUUUUAAACCCUUCUGGUAAAAAUAUCCAGGUGGUACAUCCUCAAAAUUCAGAUGCGUGUUAGAGUGUCGGGGUCCCCAGCUCCUCUCCCAGGGUAGCCGAGGUCUACUAAUCUGCAAAGCAGCAUGUGGCCCCCAGGCCCCUUCCCCUCAAAACCGGCUCUUCUGCUUGUGGCUUCUGUGUGGCUGCCGUGGCCUCUGUGGUCUUGUAACUCCUUCCUUCAGGGAUGCGGAGAACUCUGAGGAAGGGGCUACUCUGUGGAGCAUGCUGGUUGCUGGGGAUGGUUUGAGUUCUUUUCUGUCUGUACACUUCAGGUGUUUAUAGCUUCUCAGUGACCUCCGGAACUGAGUACUCCCCUCCAAACCACUCCGAGCCACAUCUGGGUGUGGCCAGUCUCUGUAAGCGAGGAGAAAACACUACGUCCGCAGUUGGAGAAGGGACCAAGGACAAUGGUGGAGCCUUGCAGCCAGCAUGUUCUCUGGUCAGGACCAUGGGUGGCCCUGCAUGGCCAUCGCACCCCAGGGCCGCCCUGGGGCUCAUCUGCACUGACCCUUCCCUUCUGCAUUAAGCACCAAAUUCUCCCUUUGCCUUGAAAGGGAUGGGGUGUGUCCAGUUGCCCUCCGCAUGGUGGCAGAAAUUGCGUGUUUGUGAUAAAAAGUUGACCUCAACCUGUAGCCCUCGAGUUCUGCUUUGACCACAAAGUUUCCAGGGGCUGGAGCAACACAUGCUAAGGGUGUCCCGGCACAUCCGUCAUAAAGCCGUGUGUAUCGGGCUGGGGCCUUGGGGCUGUGGGGACACAUGCUGGCCCUUCCCCAAAUGUUCUCCAGUGCUGAUAGGCUCUCCCAACUCCAGCAUGACACGGGCCAGGCUGGGGCUCGCAGCAGAGCCACGGGAACUUGGUGCUAGUGCAAGAUGCAGAUGCGUGUACUGGCCGGGGUUUACACAGUAGACUGUGGCCUCUGCCAUCAGCCCUGGCAGUCUCUGCUACCUUUCUACACUAGCAAUAACUUUCCCAGGCAAGAAAAUUCCAAAUGGAGAAAGAGCCCCCUUGCCCUCCACUCAGUGUGGGCAGGGAGACCCGGGGAGGGCGCCUCACAAUGUGCUCCCUGAGCAGCAGACCCAGUGGGGCAUUUGUUGGGAGUGAUUUUGCCAAAACUGUUGUAACUCCGAUUUUCUCGCUGUGGAGACUUCCUGAAUUUUCUGAAUUUUUACAUGUAACUACCAGUCUUGGUUGAGAGAGAAAGGAGAGGCAAUUAUGCUAGUUUUUUUAAAUUACAGGCUCAAGGAGUUCAGAUUGAAUGAUUAAAGUCAAGCAGAUCCAUAGAAUAGUCUUUUUACACAGUCAGCCUGGGAUACAUCUAUUUUGGGACUAUACAUUUUUCACUAUGAUUAAGGAGAUUUUAACAACAUGAUUCCUAUUUUAAUUUAUGUCUAUAUCACUCACAUAAUUAAUUGCCAAACGAAGCCUUUUAUACAUUGAAUCAGGGGUGGGUUGGAGUAGUAGAUCUUACUGUGAUGGUGCAUGGUAGGGAAGAUUUUAUAUUUGUAAUAAACAUGUGAGUCAACAUGUUCUUUAGAAAUCUCGAGCAAUACACAGGGAAUAAAUUUUGGAGAUUAAAAUUUUCAGCCCAUUCUUGAAGCAUCAAGCAUGUGCUUUGUUGUUCAAUAAAGUUUUUUUUCCUGAGUUAGUUACCUGUAGUGGAUUUUCAAACUGUACAUGUUCUAAUAAGUUAAUACGAUGAAGUAGUAAAUCAGUAGGGAUGAGGUUUAAAAUGCCUGGUUCACAGUGAUAUUUUCUGGCCGCCUUUGGAAUCUCUCAGAGUUUAAUUAGUGUUACUUUGGUGGCAUUUACGUGUUUUAAAUCCUAUAAUAAAAACAACCUAACCUUCAUUUUUUUCCUAACUAGAUGUUAAUUUGUGUUAUCAAAUGACCCUUCAUAAGCCAGAAAGAGAAAUUUUUAAAAAGUGCUCCCCAAAUCCUGCUGAAGCCUACACUGUGCAUCUGGGUGAGAAGCUCAACGAAGCUGAAUUAAAAACAGAGCAUUCCUUCUGUUUUUAAAUGUACGGGUGAUUGUUUCUAUAGAAGUGGGUUUAUCUAAGGAAAGUCUUUGUACAUCUUGCCCUAAAACACCUUUCAAAUCCUCUUCCUUUGAUGAGUAUUUUCCAUAGGGUAUUUGUAGGCUUACUGACUGUCUGCAUGUCUGUUCUAAGGGCCCGGGGCAAGGGAGGCAUCUCUACUUUUCCACUACUCAGCCAGUCAUCUGAAAAUUCCAGGAGUGAACCAAGCGUUGGGCUUCAAACAUUGGGCUUCAGUUAGAGGCGAAGCUUCAAGUAUGAGCCUUAUGAGAAAUAGCCUUAAAAUAAGAAUGAGGUACAGUACAGUUACUUCAGAUUUAAAUUUCAAAAACAAUAAUCCUAAGCAGUAAUGGGGUUGACUCAAGUUUAGCUAUUGAGAAAGAUGAUUCUCUUUUUCGUAUGUAAGUAAAUUCUUAAUUGACAGUAUUGACUUACCAACAACCUGUUAUUUGAAUGGUUUGAACAUGUUUGAGGUUCAAGUUCGCACAGACAUAGAGAAAUCUUAGUAACAGACCCAUGUGUGUGUGUGUCCACUGUUAAAUUCUGUCCGCAAAUGACCCACGGGGCAGUCACACCUGUGAGGUUUCCCUGUUACUCUUAAAACAGUUGUAAGAGGUUCAUGGCAAUAUAACAGUUAAUGAACUUUCAGUUUAAAUUGUGUACAUUUUUAAACUGUAAGAUUUUUAUUGUAUAUUGAUGCAUAGUGUGAUUCAAUAAAUUGCUUGUAAUUUAAAAACUAUUUAAUAUUCAAAAUAAAUAGUUAUAUAUUUAUAAACUC